UAUAUGUCCCCCACUUCAAGAUGAUCGACAUGCGCUGCGUUGUUGCCUUCGCGGCCUUAAUCUGUGAAUAUACCACUGUGACGAGCCCAUCAUUUGUACAUGUUUCAGUGCGACCACCCUUGAGGCAAAGCGCGAUGAGUACUGCUGCAACAAUUACUACCACUACCAAUGCCUCUGACCAGGUGCCACCCGUGCAGCCUGUUACCUCUACAGGACAGCCAAGUAUCAUGUUAAUUGACCGUACUGAAACACCUUCCACGCCGUCCUUACGACCGAGCCUGUCAUGGCAGUCUGUUCGCUCAUCGCUCUCGCUAUCGACGAAGACAUCAGCAAAUCUAGGAUGGGCGAUAGCACUUCUUAGCGUAGUGUUCACAGUAGUCGCCCUUUCGCCGACUUUCAGAUCACAAACGAUGUCGGAAAAAUCGCUCCAGCUGGCAGAAUGGACGGCUCUAAAGGAUUACAUUGAGGAGUGUAGAGAGGAAGUGGCUGCAGGAAUACAAAGCCAGGCAUGCCUCAAGGCCAUGAAAGCGCAACUACCACCUCCUCCCUAUGUGAACCCAGGUAUACUGGACAAGAGGCGGAGGAGCGUGGUGUACCAUCGAUUUGAGCAGAACGAGUCCAAUGUAGGACCACAAGUUGAACAUACAGGGCCGCAACCUACGCAAGCUCCGCAAGCUCUACAAGCAGACGUGAACAUGCCGGAGGUGUCGUAUUGGGCUGUUUGGCUCGGCGUGAUACUCUUCGUAUACUGCUCCAUCUCCAUGUUCAGAUACUUCAUACCACGACUCGGUCGACGCCCAAUAUACGCGCGUCAAAUGUCCGCCUCGAGAGAGGAGAAAUUGGUACAGUCAGACCACGUGACUCUGGAGGUUGAGGUCGCUACGACUGCGAUACGACAUCCACCUAGCCCGAUUGAGUCCUCUCUGCGUCGUCGCGCAGUCCGCACGCACCCCAUAUACCGCCAUGCUAAUCUCGAAGAAGCCAUACACCAUCAAGACAUGGUUGAGAUCAGAUUGCGCCUGACUAAUGGCGAAGACGUCAACCAACACUGGCCCUAUCUGAUUUACAAGCUCGCAAUUUCACCACCUUCAGUAGAAACACCAAAGCACCUCGAAAUCGCACGGCUGUGCUUAGAUUUCGGUGCUGAUGUCAACGCUCUCAAAGGCUGGAAUGGACAGUCGGCACUCAUGAUUGCCAUUCACUUCGGCAACCUCGACGUGGCCAAGCUGCUCAUCGUUAACGGUGCGAUGGUAUCCUACUCGCCACCAGACAGCAACCUAACGGCGUUACAUCGCUGCGUACGACUGGCAGUUACUGGCUCCGCAACCGAUGCGCUUGAGAUCAUGGAGCUGCUUUUCCAGCAUGGAGCGAAUCCAAACCAAGCUGACCGAACUGGCGAAACACCACUUCACAAGUUGCUGAUCGAUGCAUGGCUGAAGCGGGAGAAUCUGAGCUGCAUGAAAAAGCUGGCUCCGAUUGCGGUUUCCCUUGUUGAACAUGGUGCCUACAUGCCGAGGACACUUAAGGAAAAAUACAUCGUUGGCAAUCCGGUAUGGCAGAUUGUGCAGAGCUCUAUUCUGAAAAUGAGUUGUUUUGAAAGGGCCAAAGACGCAACGGUUGCAAAGGAAACUCCUAUUGUCGAGCCAGGACCGAGGUGAUUCUAUGUGCAGGAUCCAGCAUUCGAGAACGUUGAUGACUUUCCGUUAGGCUUGUAUGAUUAGGCUGUAAGUUCUGCUUAGCGACAUGUAUUAUAUCUGUUACACUUCGGUGCGUCGUGAUCGACAAUGUUCAGCGAGUAGUGUUGAAAUGAGGUGGUGACGACGUUGGGGUCCACUAUUCCACUAAGGUCGGAAGCGG